AUGUCAUCUCACCAGACAUGUUCGAACUAUUCAAGAGGAAACUCAUCCCACAUCGUCUAUCCUCUCACACCACCUCAAACACCCGAAUCACAAGCCUAUCAAUCACCGACCACGACUCCAGUCCAACAUGAGAAUACAAAAUACGAUGGAGAUUCAGUUCCACCUCUAUUGACAUCUGCCAUUCCGGACUUCGACUUAAAUUCCAUACCAGAGGAAGUAACUGAAGAUGAACACGCUCAAGAUGAAAUCCCAGACAAGUAUGUAUGGAGAAAAGGGAUGAACGAGGCGGAGAAGGAUGAGAGGGAGGCGUGGCUGUGUGAGAAAAGGGGUAGGAAAGGGCUUAGGAUUGUCAUUGUUACGGAAAACUUUCUACCUAAAGUGGACGGAGUAACUCGCACACUGUCAAGGCUCCUCGAACACCUGCAAUCGCAAGGCCACGAAUGUAUACUCCUCGGUCCCGCAUCCACUUUAUCGUCCUACGCUUCUCAUCCACUUGUAGGCACCUUGGGUAUUCCCCUAGUGGUAUACCCAGGUUUAAAGUUGAACUUCCUUCGACCGAAAUUCCUAAGUAUCAUAAGGGAUUGGGAGCCCGACGUGGUGCAUUUCGUAGAUCCGAUAUGGCUCGGUGCCCAGACGAUAUUGGCUAUGGAAUUGGGCUGGGCAGGUGAUAAGUGGUUAUCCCAAGAAAGUGAAUCACCAACGAUGGGUAAAGGGCUGGGUGGAGCGGUGGUAGCUAGUUAUCAUACUAACUUAGCAACCUAUGCGACCCUCUUCGGCCUCUCCUUCCUUACUCCGAUAAUCUGGGCAUUUCAAUCUUCCCUUUACUCCAAAUUACUACUCACCCUAUGUCCAAGUCCCAGUACAAAGUCGAUGCUGGAAUCUCAGUCGUUCAAUGGGGUAAGGCUCUGGCCAAGAGGUGUCGAUCUGAGUCAAUUCGGACCUCACAAUCGCGAUGAAGCACUCAGAGCCAGUUGGGGUAUAACUAUGCCUGAGAACAAGUGGAAGAUACUCCUAGAAGACACGAAGUAUGAUAUGGAAAAACAAGGAAUGAUGACUCCUCCUUUGACCCCCUGGAAUGGUCCUGUCGAUGGUGCGUCCAUCUCACAUGGAGGUGAUGAGGAUAGAGUGGUCUUACUGUAUGUCGGCAGAAUAUCAUGGGAGAAGAAUCUCCAACUUGUCCUCUCAGCCUACUCACUCCUAGCUCAAUUUCUACCUGAAGGCUCGUUGUUGCCUAAAUUAGUAUUCGUAGGUGACGGUCCAGCCAGAUCCGACCUCGAAGCGAGAUGUUCUGCCGAGAAGAACUGGGACGUGACCUUCAUGGGUCAUAGACAAGGUGAAGAGUUGGCGAAAUGUUAUGCCUCGGCGGAUAUUUUCGUGUUUCCCAGUUUCACAGAGACAUUCGGUCAAGUUGUCUUAGAAGCUUUGGCAUCUGGAUUGCCGGUGGUGGGACUAGAUGCAGAAGGUACUCGAGACCUCGUCACCCACGAUCAAACCGGAUUACUACUCUCUGUACCAACUAAGGAAACAACCUGGCCUCAAGCUUGUAAAUCCGACUCGUCCUACUUCCAAGAACUCUCCUCCACCUAUGCAGAGAUAAUUUCGACAUUGGUGGUGGAUCACAAGAGAAGGAGAGAGAUGGGUAGAAGAGGUUCAACUGAAGGGAUAAAGGGAUAUACAUGGUGGGAUGCCAUGGAGGCCUGCGUAGACGGGUAUAGAGAAUCCAUGAGGAUAUCCCGAUCGAAACGAAACGUCCAGAUUAUACCCCACUCACCGGCUGAAGAAUUCAUCAUUAUACCGUCAUCUCUACCUAAACAGCGAAGGGGAUUGUCAUUAGUGAACAGAGUGGUAAGCCGAAGAUUGGCCUACAAGCAGCCUAGAGCACCUAUCAGGGGAGGAAGAGGCAGGGUGAGGUGGAUGUUAUCGAAAAAGGACGAAGGAGGUUGGAUGAGUAUUAGAACACUAGUCAAGAUAAUCAUGACCAUCUGUCUGUUCUACGCUAUUUGGAGUCAUCACAGCUCUCAAAUCACCUCUGACUCUAUCCUCGAACCUGGAAAAUUGUGA